AGUGCAGAGUGUCUCGAACUGCAAUGCUUUCACGGCUGAUUUUGUUCUUUUCAGGGUGACAUUUUGAAGCUCUAUCCGAGUAUUACGUGUCAUACAAUGUAUCACAAAUUCACUCGUUGCAUAUUUAUACGGCCAAGCGCACGCACAUGCAGCCGAUCAUACGUAUCCUCUUCGUAAGCGAUGUCAUGCGGUAUUGCCGAUCAUAUACACCGUUUCAUCCAAAACAUACAAAUUACCAUUUUAUUCGCCUUUCAGCCUAAUCAGCAAAACAGUCAUUCAAUCGUUUUGUUCGCCCUUUACUUCCAUCUCACACGAUAUUUCUCUUCGCAGGCCAUUCAUCUUGUCAAACAUUAAAACAGCCUUUACAUCAUGGUUUUUAUACAAUCAGCCGAUUAAUCCCUCAUGAAAGUGAAAUGCACCAAAAAGAAAUGCAUUCCAAAAUCACAAAUACUUCACUUUAUGAACAACGAAACGAUGCUAACUGAAGAGGAAAAGACAAUGGCUUUCGCUGUCAAGGAGCUGUGCAAGGAUUGCAUGCCUACAGAUGUAAUUUACAAAACAAGGCUGAAGCUAAAAAAGAUGAAUUUAUAUCCUCUAGAAAUCUGCCAGCUGUUGGAUAUGUGGCCGAAAAGCCUUCUGGAUUUGCAGAUAGUCAUUGAGGACAUGGAGGAGCGGUUUAACAUGAAAGAGUUGGAAAAUAUUUUGGAUAUUUUUAGGCAGAACGAGGUUCAAUACGGUUGAAUCCAGUUUUAUGGAUUAAAG